CCGACCGACGCCGAGCGGCGAGCCAUCCGUGUGCUCCCUGGUGUCCCCUGCUCUCCACGUACACCAACCACGACGCAAGCCCUCCUCUCUCUCUUCCCGACGCUGCCGACGCGCUGCCGACGCGCGGCCUCGGCGCGCCAAGCUCGCGCGCCGCGUACAGCCGCCAGCUACCGCUCGCCGCCUCACAGUCCGUCACCGGCGCUCGUCGCGUGAGAUACGCGGACGCUCUUGCAGCCAAGUCGCACACGUUGCGUGCAUUCAUCGCUGUCUUAUCUGACAUAUAGUGUGACGGAUCGAGAUCGAUCUUCGUGUUUACAGAAAACCGCACGAGGGAAAAAGUCCCCUCCUCCCUCCGUUUGCGUUCGACGCUCGUGAAUUCGCGAUUCGCGAGCUCGAUGCGAGCGGAAGUGUUCGGUGUACGCCUCGUGACACAGGAUUUUUUUCGGAGGGAAGAUCGAGUGACUCGACUCGAUAUUGACACUUUGACAAAGUGCGCGAUCGAGCGCGCCGCUGUCAAAAAGAUUUAGCAACGGCAGGACGUUUACUCAGCCGUACGAAUACUUGUGAAUAAGUGCGUUUCGGUCAAUUCAUUGACCGUUCGGGCCGCACUUGGUGAGACAAUUUUCGGAACGAAUCGGAGAAUCCGGCAAGGAUUCGCCGAGAAAGCCAUCCCGCGCCGCGAGUGACAAGUGGUCGGCGACGCGUGGUUAACCACGUGGCGCGGCGUGUGCGCCGGUGUGCAAGCCACCUGGGUGGCGUAAACUUUCACGGAACUUUCUUCCUCUCUGAGGCACGUUGUUGAUUGUUGGUCCCCGUGUCGGCGUUGCAAGUGCACUUUGCGGCGCCAGAUAGGCAGGACCGGGCUUCGAUCAUCGCCAAUUGUGAGAACUCGGACUUCUCGUUCGCUAUCGAUCUCUCGAGGCGCUCUCGAGAGCAUGGUACAACAGUGAUUAGUCGGCCGUGUAUCGUUUAGCCAGUGCCAACAAUAAGUCGCAAGGAAAAAAAAAAGGAAGGUCCGGUGGUGGUAGUCUGGUCUGACCAUCGCAGACCGCCCGCGAGAUGCUGAGAAUCUCAGCCGACCAGUCGUCCAGCCAAUCACGUAGGGUGCUGCGAUCUGAGCCGAGGGCCGUCGCGGCCUGUUAAGAUGACCGCGCGUCUACACUCGCUGAGGCACCAGGAGAAGAAAUCAGCCGGCAGUAGCCACCGACAGCACCACCAGCAUCAGCAGGCCGUCCAUCAGGGUCCGAGCCCGGCACCGAGCCCCAGCCCGAGCCUCAGCCCGAGCCCGAAGCACUCGGACGGACGAAGAGCUAACAAACCACUAAUGGAAAAACGACGGCGAGCGAGGAUUAAUCAAUCCUUGGCGGCGCUAAAGGCGCUCAUCCUCGACAGCGCUCGGCUAGAGAACACCAAACAUAGCAAGCUCGAGAAAGCCGAUAUUUUGGAACUUACAGUCAGGCAUCUGCAGCGGCAGAGAUCGCUUGCUCAGCCUGGCCUGUCUAGGUACAAAGCCGGAUAUCAGGACUGUUCGAGAGAGGUGAGCCGCUAUCUCGAUGCGCCGGACAUCAUCACGGGCAACAGCACGCCGAUGGAUCCGGCGGUGAAGCAGCGGCUGCUGCGUCACUUGGAUAGUUGCGUGUCGGAGUUAGAUUUGGAUCUGGGCUCGCGGCCCGACAGCGGUCUGGGCAGCAGCCCAGGCAGCGUGACGGAUCGCGUUGCGGGAACGACGAGCCCGGGCCCGCUGGACCACCACGUGCCGGUCGGGCCGCAUUGCAGCGCGGCGCUCACGCCGGCCGGCCUAAUCAAGUCCGAGAUCCCGGAAAUGGUGGAGGCGGCCCGACCCGACAGCAGCACUACCGCCGGCGACGAGAACAACAACAGCAGCCGGCCGACCUCGGCCUUCAGUCAAGUGAACCCGGCGACUCUGGACCCGCACCACCCGCACCAUCCGGCAAAUCUGCCGGUCGAUCAGGCCUCCACGUCGCAGCAGAACCCCAACAUGCUGUCCGUGGUGCAAGUGAUACCCUCGCGGCUGCCGGACGGCCAGGUGGUCUUCCUGCUGCCGAGCCACUACGUGCAACUGGCGGCGGCGGCCGCGGCGAACGGCAUCAGCAUCGGACCGAAUCCGCCCACGGCGAUCUGGGCGGCGACCAACAUGUCGCUACUCAAGGCCACCGAUAAGCUGGUGAAGCGGCCGCACGAGGACCUCGGCCAGGAGUGGCAGGAUCCGACCAGCGGCCUCAAGCCGAGCAAGAGCCCGCGGAUGGAGCAGCCGGAGCAGCCGCUCGACUUCACCACCACGUCCAAGAAAAUGAAGACCGCCAGCUCAAAGGGCUCGACGCAUUCCGGUCACGUCGAACAUCAUCUGCGGCAACAUCCGCAGGCGUCGUCGGUUCGUCCACCGAGCGGCGAGUCCGCUGGGCCCGUUAUCCACGAGGACAGGCCGUCUAGUCACGCGGACAGCGAAAUCGCCGUCGGCAUGCCGUCUCCGUCGCCCGUCGGCCAGCAACCCGUCAAAGAUGAGGAGGGCAUGUGGAGACCGUGGUAAAGGGCUCCGCUAAACCUUUUCAUCCCACCCCGAGGCUAUUUGUCUUUGUAAAUAGGAAUGCAUCUCGUGAAGCGCGCGCGCGCGCGAAACUGGAAAUCGCAUCGGUGUGCGGCUACAAUUUUCGUCUGCGAAAAUCUUCCUCAGCUGGAAUUCCAACUAUAUAAUGUUCCAGAAUUCACGAAUCAAAAGAUCGUAACAGGAAAAUUCUCAAAAAACCAAGUAAGUCUUUGCGACACUUUAUCGCUCACACAACUUUAUAAAUAAGCGUUUUACCAGAAAAUUUGAUUGAUUGGCUUUAACUCUUUGGUAUUUCCAAAAGUUUUUUGAAACGUUACAGAGACUUUUAUUAUUUAAUUUUAUAAAAAUUUUCUCGCUAUAUUUUGAUUCGUGAUCUCGAGUACAUCUUGUAUAUAUAUAUAAUACUUGUCGCCGCGCAGCGGCGCGAGCGUUUCGAACAACGUUUCGCGCGGAUCCGAAUGCCAAAGUGCAACGACUACGAGAAAGGAUUGUAAAAAUUAUACGCCUAAUGAAUUUCUGCGAUUUUUUUUUCGAGAAAAUGAUGUGGAAGUAAACCACUAUCACUUUUGACAGAGGUGUUCUGUCCCGUAAAUUCGCAGUUACGACAACAAAAAUUCUUCUGAUGUAGUUGCGCGUAAAAAAAAAAAACGCGCUGCAAGAUAACUGUAUGUAUGUAAAUGAUGGAGUAAUUAGUUUACGAUUAUUGCGAAAGGAAGAGGGGGAGAGAAAGAGGGAGAGAAAGGGACAAUGAGUGCGCGAGAGAGAGCGAAUCAGAAAGAAAGAGAGAAAAAGCACGUGUGUUUAGUCCGCCAUUCAUGUACAUAGGCCCCCUGAUCGGAACUAUUGCUAUUUGCGAGAUAUAGAUUUAUUUUGAUGUUAUCUAGGUGUAUACGGCGAGGGAGAGACUGAGAAAGAGAAAAAAAGAACGAUGAGUGUGCGGUAUGCUUGCAUGUGUAAGCGCGAGCGAGUAGUGAGCGAGCGUUUUUCGUGGACGCGCGACUAAUAAUCGCGUUUAGCGUAGCAAGGAGUCACCAUCUCACCACCUAAUUUACGUCUAUAAUUGCUAAAUAUCCUGGGAUUUGAAUUCCUUAUUCAAUGUACUUAGACGCGCAGUCAAUAUAGGCAUAUAUAUUGAACUGUA